AUGGAACCCCGUACAGCGGAGAGUCCGAUGGAAUUCGAGUGGCAGCAUAAGCCACCGGGCGAUGCCAGCUCUGGAUUCUACCAGGUCGGCUUGCAGAGCGACAACAAGAAGCGUACAUAUAGCGCAUUUGGCUCCCCAGAAAAGACUUCAGUCCCUGGUCUCCGCGCCCCCAACUCCCAUCCCUUCCUCUUCUCCCAGCCAGCGUCGCCAUCACCCUUCACCUCGCAACCCGCUUCACAGACCCCCCGAUUCGGCCAGUCAGCCUGGACGACACCGCGCAAACCUGUCAAUCUUGACUUUUCAUCCGGUGCCGAAAAUUUCUCAUCGCCCGAAAACGCAGACAACGAGGAUACCCCGGAGCAACCGGUGCGGACGGAGCGACAGAACUCGCUUUUCAACACACGCGGAAGAUUCACCAACGCCAGUCCGGGCCGAGGGGAGAUUCGCAAGAACCACUACUCCACUGCUGCUGCCCGGCGCGUGUUGAAGCGGAGGCAACGGGAUAAGGAGCUCGACCGGCGAAUUCGAGUGGAUAGCGACGACGACAGUGAUCGGCCAAGCAGCAACGAGGGUCUCCGGGGGAAGCCGGCGAAACAAGGCAAAGAAAUGGAGCCCGGCAUCAGCUCGUCCAAUAGCUCCUCCUUGUCUCAGCUAUUUACGUUCCUGGAAGCGCACCCGCAUAUGCCCAGCAUUUUAUCCUGGUGGGCGCAACUCAUGGUCAACCUGUGUAUCUUCUCGGUGGUGGUGUAUGUGAUCUGGUCCGUCGUGUCAUCCAUUCGGGCGGAAUUCGCCCACGCGGCCGAUUUGGCAUCAAUGGACAUCCGCCAGGAAAUCACCCAGUGCUCCAGGGAAUAUUUGAACAACAGAUGUGCGGAUCCGAAUCGGCCUCCAGCACUGACCCCGGCGUGCAAGGGCUGGGAGGAUUGCAUGGAUCGUGACCCGGCCAAAAUCGGCCGUGCAAAGAUCUCGGCGCACACCAUGGCCCAGAUCAUCAACGGCUUCAUUGAGCCAAUCAGCUGGAAAGCAGUUGUCAUCUUUCUGGCCAGCAUCUCAACAGUGACAGUAGUAAGCAAUUGGUCUCUGAGCGCGAUUCGGCAUUCUCUGGACCAGCGUGACAACGGCCAAUACUAUCCUCAACAACCGCCAAAUUACAACCACCAACAACCUAUGCUGCAACAUCAACCCAGCUUUGGCUACCACCCACAGCAAGUCAAUCGGAAAGUCUCGGACCACGCUUAUGCCGAGAAAGAAAACGCCCCGUUACUGUUGGAGAGUACGCCGUUCAUCACGGAGCGCAGUCGAGAGCGCGAGGCGCAUCUUCGGACUCCGAGUCCCUCUAAACGCAACCGUCAGUUUUCGUGA